UCAAAGGAUUAAACCGUUUUAGUGGAGUAAUGAGUAAUCAGUGGAAUACAAGAAGACCAACAAUGGGUCGGACAGGACCAAAAUACACAAAAUUGAAGGAUUACAGUGUUGAUAUAGAUGACGCAGAUGAGGAUUUAAUAACCAGGAGGUCUCCUUCGUAUGUUUCUUGUUGUUCGUCAUGCUUAGAGUGUUUUGAUUUUUUGGUCAGUUUGGUACUGCAGUUGUUGUUGUAUGCUUACAGGCGAGUCGCGAAUAGAUAUCCUCUAUUUCUAGAGAAUAAUGGUCAAGAACUGGUGAGAGAAGAAGUUCGGCGUUUACAAAAUGAGAAUGCUGAACUAAGAGAAUCGGUGGUAAAUCUAAAAAAUGAAAUAAGUAUCAAGACCGGAGUUAUGAAAGGAUUAGAAAUGGACAAUGCAUUAGGAAAGGAUAAAAUACUGCAAAGAGAAAAGCAAAUACAAACAUUGUAUCAGGAAAAGAAAGUGUUGGAUGAGGAUAAACAAGAAGCACUUAGAAGAUUGAGUGAACAUAUGUCGGUUCAAUUAAGAGAUAACAACCCAAACAUCGUUGACUUGAGCGACCCGUGUCGACCGACAAAACUUGCAGAAAUGUUCGCCGAGUUGUAUGACAAUGAAUGGACUAAUGCAUUUUCUCUUCUUGAAGAAUCGGUUGGAGAAGAACACGCUAUUGUGGUUCUUCUAGAUAUUUUCAUGGAUGCAUACAGAUAUUGUGAAAAUACCGUCGCUGUUCCAUGGACAAUUUUGAACACGUGGUUUCUUGAUAUGAACCUUCCAGGGGCGAAACAAGUCUCAAAGUGGUUAAAGGACAGUCGUAAGACUAAUAUCAGAAACAAAAUUUCUGAAGUUAAAAAGGAAUUUAACGAUGAAUUGAUUGGUCAUUGUGGCGAUUCGAAGAUUAUACAUGUCCUGACACAACCAGAAAUAACCGAAUAUAUGACCAAGUGUAUUGAACUUUGUUUACUGAUGGUAGCCACUGACCCUCCCGUUGUUGUUUAUGUCAGUGGAAAUAGAGUUGGAGCGAAUGUAAUGCAGACAGGUGAGAGAACAGAAAAGUCAGCUAUAUUUAAUAAAGAUUUAUUCAAGGAGUACACAACUCGAGGUCAUUACCUUGAUUUCAUUGUUUGGCCUGCGUUGUUUUUGCACCAAGAUGGACCAAUGCUGAGUAAAGGUAUUGCGCAGGGAAGCGUGGACGUGUGCAAAAGACAAAGUUGGACAUGGAAGAAAUAAAGAAGCAUUUAAUAAUUAGUUAAAUUAGUGGGUUUUGUAAAUGUUCAUUCCAAAACAUAUACAUGUAGAUAGCUAAAAGACAAAUUUGUGUAAAUAAAUAUACUAAAACUUUUAUAUAAAUUCUUAAUUUGGUGUUAUCAAAUUUUUAGUGACUACACGUUUUAACUAUAAUUUGAUAAACAUGU